UAUAGCCACUAUAGGCCUAAUCAAUACUCGUCUCUCGUUAGUCAUGAGGGGAGUAUAAUGGUGCUAAUUAAAGAAAUGUAUAAAACUAACAGUUAUUUCCCUUGGGGGGUACCGAUUUUUUUUCUUCUAAAAAUUCUCUACAUUCUUUUUCCAUACACUUGUAUCAACUUCGACUCUCCUUGUGUGACACUUUCUGAUUAAGAGAUGACCAAAUGUUCGUGCAUGUUUGUUUUUUGUUUGUUGGGGAGAUUUAUUCUGCUUAGAUUUAUUCUUUUGAAAAGUUAGGCCUGUCACAAAAAGGGUUUAUUCGAAAACAAGUCCGAAGAGGAAGUAGGUGUGACGUCAUGCCGCCAUGUUCGGAAGAUCACUGGUUUUGAUAUAAGGUUGUGUGCACUCAUGAAAACAACUGCUUGAAUUUCGCGUUGAUUCUGAGCUUGUUUGUGUCGGUAUACUGUGUAAUUUUUCUGAUUUUAGUCACGGAAAAAUGGAGUGUUGAGUGUGAUGGAGCUAGGUGUAUCUGUCAUUCUCUUUGAAUUGAAUUAAAGCGGUGUGCAUUGCAUAAAACAUUCAGUGGAUACUAAUGGUCUAUGUGUGGAGGAAGCCAAGAUGGUGAUGUCAGACCCGGAUUAUCGCAGGCGCCUCGCCUUGUUAGAGGAGCGCCUCAGCGACCCCAACUCGGUCAUUAAUGUCGAUGGACUUUUGGAUGGUAUUACUGCACUGGUUGCGGAUUUGGAUUACCCAGCCAUCAAACGAAUGAAAAAUGUCGAACACUUUUUAGAAAGAUAUGGAGAAAAUGUGGAUCUCAUUAAAAACAAUCGUAUGAAAGCCGCUGACUUUGAAGUUGUCAAGGUCAUUGGCCGAGGUGCUUUUGGAGAAGUUCAGUUGAUCAAGAGAUCAGACUCGGCUUAUUACUGGGAGGAAAGAGAAAUUAUGGCCAAUGCCAACAGCGAGUGGAUUGUUCAGCUGCACUUUGCAUUCCAAAACAACAAGUUCCUGUACAUGGUGAUGGACUACAUGCCCGGGGGCGACCUGGUCAACCUGAUGAGCAACUACGACGUGCCAGAGAAGUGGGCCAAGUUCUACUGUGCUGAAGUGGUGCUGGCACUGGACGCCAUACACUCCAUGGGAUUUGUUCAUCGAGAUGUAAAACCAGACAACAUGCUGCUGGAUGCAAACGGUCACCUCAAGCUCACGGACUUUGGAACCUGUAUGAGAAUGGACAGGGAUGGCCUGGUGCACUCGGACACGGCGGUGGGCACGCCCGACUACAUCUCCCCGGAGGUGCUCAAGUCGCAGGGAGGGGAGGGCUGCUAUGGCCGUGAGUGCGACUGGUGGUCCGUGGGCGUCUUCCUCUAUGAGAUGCUUGUUGGUGAUACUCCUUUCUAUGCCGAUUCUUUGGUGGGAACAUAUGGUAAAAUCAUGGAUCACAAGCGAUCGUUGAACUUCCCAACAGACGUAGAGAUGUCGGACAAAGCCAAAAGUCUUAUAUGUGCCUUUCUCACCGAUAGGACGGAGAGACUGGGAAGAAAUGGUGUAGAUGAAAUAAAGAGACAUCCCUUUUUCAAAAAUGACACUUGGAACUGGGAAAAUAUUCGCCAAACUGUGCCCCCGGUUGUGCCUGAGCUGUCCAGCGAUGUGGACACCAGUAACUUUGACGAUAUCGAGAAGGACGAGGCCCCAGAGGAAACUUUCCAGCCCUCCAAGGCCUUCGCCGGCAACCACCUGCCCUUUAUCGGAUUCACCUACAGCCGAAACUACAAUUUACAGAAUAGCUUCCGAGGUUCAGGAUCUCAGCCGCCCUCACAAAGAAUAAGUCCGGGAGGAGGUGGGGUGGACGACGCGACCCGCAGGAACCUUGAGGAGCAGGUGCGGCUAGAGCGGGCGGGCAAGGACGACAUGGAGAAGAAGUACAAGUCCACGUUAGAGGAGAUAGAUCGGUUAACGCAGGAGGAGUCCACACUGAAGAGAGACUACAUGGAGUUGGAGCGGAGCAUUGCACUCAUCAAGCAUGACCUGAAGGAGACCCAGCGCAAGCUGGAGAUGGAGGCAGACAACAAGAAGAAGGUGGAGUACAUGCUGAGGGACAAGGAGAAGCAGCUGGAGACGGAGAUCAACGCCCGCCUACAGAUGUCCACCUCCUCCGCUCACUCCAACGAGAAAAUGACCAGUUUGGAAAAAUCGAUUUCGGAGCUGAAUGAGAAGCUCCGUCUGGAGGUGGAGGUGAGCAACAAGCAGAAGAAGACGACCUCUGACCUCCAGCAGCGACUGGGCAGCCUGGAGCACAGCCACAGCGAGCUCAACAGUCGCUACCAGGAGAUGCAGUCGCUCAAACAGAAGCUGCAGAACGACCUCUUCUCCACGCAGGCUACGCUCGACUCAGAGAGGAGCAACCGCUCGCAGGAGUCGAUACACUCGCAGGAGCUCUCAGAACGCAUCUUGUCUUUGCAAGAGGAGCGGACGAGGUUCCAGGAACGAGAGAAAACUUUCUCCAAAGAUAUUCAAGCGACACAACAAAAAAUAUACCAAUUGGAAAAAUGCAAGCCCAGCUGGAGCAGGAGAAGGUGGCUAAGCACAAACUGGAGGCUCAGCUUCUGGAGGCAGAGAAGAAGUACAGCGAGGUCUCCGUCGACGUGACGCAGCUCAAGCAGAAGCUGACCUCUAUGCAGUCGGAGCUCCGGGUGGAGUCGGAGAAGAGCAAGAACCUGAACCUGCAGGUGGAGCAGGAGGUACAGCGGAGGAACCUCAUGCAGGGAGACUUCAAGAACCAGCACCUGGACCUACAGAAGGCCAAGGCCAAGGAGAAGCAACUCGGCAAGGAAAUUCAAGACAUUAAAGAUGACAGGAAGAAUGUUGAGGAAGAAGUUAGGAAAUUGAAAGAUGAUAUUGCUGUGAAUGAGAUGCAGAUCUCUGAACUACAGGAGCAAUUGGAAGCAGAAACAUAUUUCUCGUCUCUGUACAAGACCCAGGUGAAGGAGCUGAAGGAGGAGGUGGACGAGAAGAAUAAGCAGAUCCAGGACCUGACCUCUGAUGUCCAGAACAUGCUGCAGGAAAAGGACUCGAUCGGAGCCCAGCUGCAGCUGGCCCUGGCUAAGGCGGACAGCGAACAGCUGGCGCGGUCCAUUGCGGAGGAGCAGCUGUCGGAUGUGGAGAAGGAGAAGACCAUGCUGGAACUGGAGAUCAAAGAGCUGUUGUCGCGCCACAAGAACGACCUCAACAAGAAGGAGAACCUCAUUACCUCGCUGGAGGAUACAAAACGUACUUACGGCAAGGACAUUGAGAAGCUGCAGCAGGAAAAAGACGACCUCAAUAAUAGAAUCAAGAAACUCUCCGAAGAUCUGGUACAUUCUAAGAACACUGAGGAGGAGAAGCUGCGCAAACAGUAUGAGGAUGAAAGACUGAAGAAAAUACAGGCUGUGAACAAACUUGCGGAGAUCAUGAACAGGAAGGAGUUCAGCCAGGUGGGCCGUGGCAAGAGCAAGGCUUCCGACGGGGAGCUCAAGCGCAAGGAGAAGGAGAACCGCAAACUGCAGCAGGAGCUCACGAUGGAGCGAGAGAAGUACAACAAGAUGGUGGAGAAGAUGCAGCGCGACGUGCUGGAGGCGCAGCAGAGCGUUUACGAGGAGAGCCAGGCGCGGCAGAAGCUGCAGAUGGAGAUGGACGCCAAGGACUCGGAGAUGGAGCAGCUGCGACAGAAGCUAGCCUUCGCAUCCACCUCGGACAACUCCUCGGUGCACAGUGGGCACGACGAGAGCUCGCUCAUGCUGCAGCCCGAUGAAACUACAGUGCAAUCGGAGACGUACAUGGAGGGGUGGCUGGCCGUGCCCAACCGUAACAACAUCAAGAAGUACGGCUGGCGCAAACAGUACGUGGUGGUCAGCAGUCGCAAGGUGCUUUUCUACAACACGGAGAACGACAAACAGAACACAGACCCCAUUCUGGUGCUAGAUAUCGAUAAACUUUUCCAUGUCCGUCCGGUGACACAGGGUGAUGUGUACAGGGCUGACGCCAAAGACAUACCACGAAUCUUUCAGAUUCUCUAUGCCAGUGAAGGCGAAAACCGCAAGCCUGAAGAAGCGGGCCAGGACGCCAUCGCCGCAGCGGCCGACAAGGCUGGCAUCAUCAGCUACAAGGGCCACGACUUUGUCCCGCUCAACUACCGCACGCCCACCUCCUGUGAUGCCUGCCACAAGACUGUGUGGCACGUGCUGCACCCUCCGCCCGCCCUGGAAUGUAAACGUUGCCAUGUGAAGGUCCACCGAGACCACUACGACAAGCACGAAGAGUUCAUCGCUUACUGCAAAGUGAACUAUGACUCGAGCAUCCAAGCCAAAGAGAUGUUGCUCCUGGCCGAGUCCACAGAGAAGCAGAAGACGUGGGUCACUCACCUCAGCAAGAAAGUCUCCAAGAAGGGAAUCGUCAGCUCGGGGAACCUCAACACUGCCCGUGGCACCAAGCAGUAUUCCUCUUUUGGUCCACAACAAAGACAUCCAUCGACUUCCAAAUCUGCAACCCUGCCGCCCCAUGCACGGAACUCCUAGUGACGACUUGGAAACUCUAUUUGUCUGCCUCUGUGUGUGUGUGCUUGCAUGUGUGAGUGUUUGAUGUGCGUAUGUGUAUAAGAGUGUGCCAUCUGGGCUGCAUCACGGUCAGCUAUGGGAUGCAGGAUGUGUUUUGGUUGUGUGACUUCAGUGAGCUGUGAAUUUCUGGCAAUGUGAAGACUGGUUUGUUUUUCUUUCUCUUUGUUGAAGAUUGUGUGAUUUUUAUUUUUAUUUUUGUUGAAUUGUAUACACUGCUGUGACAGGAAGCCAGUAAAAUUGUUCUUUUUCGAGCGACUGUGGUGACUCUUAUGUUUGGGGUGUACUUUGUGCUGGUGCUCCAGGUUUGGUUUUGAAAUUGUUGAACAUCCUUUAUGCACGUGUUUUAUUUAUCAGAAGUUGUGCAAGAGAGGGAGGGAGAUAAAGAGAGAGAGAUGGAAAGGGAGAGAGAUGUUUGGGUGCGUUGUGACACCCUUAUAGUCCUGGGGUUUGUGUCAAGGUGUGUGGAAAGCGGACUGUUUACUUACGAUUAUUUGGGUGUAUGAGGAGAGGGUGCUGUGAGAUAGUACUGGCUUGGGACCCAGCAUCUGAUGUGGUGUGUGAGUGAGGGGUGCUGCUUUUGUUUGGCUAAUAUUUGCUGGGAUUUAUGAAAUUUGAUUGUACAAAGGCGUGUGAAGACAAGAAGAGACAGUUAGAACUACAACAAGCGUAGUCUUUUUUCCAAGUUCUUUGUUGAUAAAAAUGUUUGCUGCUUUUAUGUUUCAUCAUGCUGUUUUCUUCCCGAAUACCAGUUGUGUGCGUCACUCAUAAGGAAAUGUUCAUGUAUAUUAGAUUUAUUUCUGCCCCUUACACCAAAGUUUUCUUCAAAGAUUCUGUGUUCUCUUGUUUGGAGCUGUGUGGUCGGUGGAUGGGCGACCUAGUGGAGUACCAAACAGCCGUCUGUUGUGACCUGCGGCCGAGCUUCAUGUCGUGGUGGGACAGCGGGCGGGUUUUUACCGCCUCCCACCCUCACCCACCUCUCCUCACAGCUCAGGAUGUCCACCCGAGUGUCGUUGUAUCUGUGAGCUUAUCUGUGACUCAUACGGUUUAUUGUGUACAAGUUUGUCUUUUCCUUAGUAGUCGAAUACCGCAGCCAAAAGGGAUGGUGUGCUUAAGAUUUUUUUUAGCCUAUUACUUAAAUUUCUUUAGGACAUUUUUCUUUUGGACUGUUAUGAAGUAAAUUGGAGCUGUCGCAAAACUUCUUUUUAUGACCUGUGUAAAAAUAUCGAGGGGUUAAAUGAAGCGAAGGAAAUAGUGAAAACUUUGUGUUCUGUUGUGCCCAAAUUUCCAAUGGGUGUUCCUUGUCCUCACCCUCGGUCGUAUUUUGCUUAUGUUUUCUUGUCUGAAGCGGAGGAAACAUGUGGUUUCUGUUCUUUCAUAAACAUAACUGCUGUUUAAAUUGUUUCUGUACAUUUCUCACGUCUUUGUAGCAUUCCAGCGGACACAAAGGAUAAGAAGGGUAUUCCAAGUUGUUUUUCCCCUCUGUUUCUUUAUUUGAACUACUAUCAGUGGGGAGGGAAGUUGGGAACGAAAUACUCAUCUGUGUGGAUACUCUCGGAGUUUCUGUCUCAAUGUGUUUCACUUAUGUUUUAGCACAGUGUCUGUCAGCCUUUUAUAGCCAGCGCCCACAACUUUUGUCACCUUGAAGAGGCUAACAUUUUCAUGCCGCCUACCUGCAUGUCCAAGUGAGGCAUUACGCGAUACUUGUCACUGCAUGGGUGGUCCCCACCGCCCACCAAAAUAACCAAAAUGGACCACAAGUGGGCUAUAUUGCCCAGGUUGGCAAGCGCUGUUUUGGCGGGAUAGAGGCGUGGUUAGUUUCUUCCUUGUGAAUAGUCCCUGAUGUACCCUUGGUGAAAUGGGCGAAUUUUGGAUGCGUUGUUGGUGGUGUGGUAACUCGCGUUUCUGUAAAGGUUUUUAAAAAGCUUUAACUGAGUUAUUGGCCUCUGCUGAAUACUUGACACCUUCGUACACCUGAAAUAGAGGUCAAAGUCUUGGGCAGUGGGGCAGAAAUAUGGUCGAGACGGCCAACCGUUGUUGAGGAGAAAAGUUGGGGAUUAUGAGAACGUGCACAUCUCUGACGGUGUUAUUAUGAUUUAAAAAAAAACAAAACACGUGUGUGGGAAGUGGUCUUUUGUACAGGUGAUUGUCUUGGACAAGUGUUUGAUAGAGCAGGUUGGACUGUCCUAGACUGAGAUGGUGUGUGGCGAUUCCUGUCUGGACUGUAGCUGCCUGAGCUGAGUGUGAGGCUAAGUGAGUGAGUGAGGGAGGGAGGGAGGGAAGGCAGAAAAGACUGGAAGGAAUAUUUGAUGAGGCUCUGUGAGAUAGUUUUGGUCUCCCCUGUCCCUUUCCUUUUUUCCUUUAGUCAAUUGUACAUUGCUGGGCAACUUUUCUCUUGUAGAGGAUUUUAAUGUGUUUGUUUAACUGCCACUAAUGCUUUGUCAUGGAACUUUUUAUUCAAAGAUUGUUACAGUGUCUUUUUCAAAGAUUGUUACCGUGUCUUUUUUAUGAACACUCCCGUAAUCGGACAGUUACCAUAUCAUAAUACUUUUUGCCAUUGUUAUGUGUUUUGAUAUAGGGCCUGGUCCACUCACCAGUGGAAUGUCACCAUCAGUGCUUUUUCUUUUGGUUGUUGUGGAGAGAUAAGAAAUAAGAUAAAUAACAACAUUUUAUUUGAUCUCCACAAAAUGAAAUUUGCCCGUAUCACGGUAAAUGCAUGCUCGCAUAUGUCAACGCGCUCGCACACACAACACAGGAGUGUGUACACACACACGUACACAGACAUGCACACACGAAAUAGUCAUUGGAUGGACGUACAGAAUUAGACUCCUAGUCUGACUGGAAACUUUUCUCUCCAACACGUACAGGUUUCUCGUGUAGCUUUUGGGGGGGGGGGGGGGGGGGGUUGCUGUCCUGAGUGGUAUAAGUUGAGGAGAAGAUAGACAGUAGUGUAAUCUGUCUUGUUCUGUGUGGCUGUCAGUCUCCCUGUAGUUUCUGUCUUCCUCUAGGUUUGUGAUGAUGACAGGAAGGGAGGGGGGGGGGGGGGUGAUGAGGGAUGAUCUAUCUUUCAUGUAGUAGGCCCAUUGCUAUAGUCGGAAUCUGUGUAUGUUGUUUCUUUCUGUUAGAAAACACCGAAAGACGGCUGCCUCAAUGUCAUCAGCGAUGGGCUAUCGUUGGACAGUUUUGUUCUCCCUCUCCUGCUGAAGUGCCUGUAUAGUGUUAACGAUAGAGGAACUGUGGUUCUGGCUGCCAUCAGUGUACCUCACGACCUUCUCCCUAGUUGGUAUGCUCAACCGUUCCAUCCAGCGACCGUGAAUUCAAUAAAAGAACCUCCAGUUUUGGUGAAAUUUAUCAUCAGACACAGCACAUUAAUUAAAAGCAAGAUCAUCUCUUUUCAAUUCUUGAAUCAUGUUCAAGUUGAAAAGGCCGUGUGUUUCUUUCUUCUUCAACUCGAUCAAUAACAACAACUUUCUUCUUAUAUUUAUCAGUGUUAUAGUAGUGUGUGAAGGUUGUGCAAGUGGGACAUGGCUGCAGUGAAGAAAAGGAAGAGUUCUGUUUUGGUAGAUAUUUGAUUUCUUCUACUCUGUGUUGCAUAGUGUGAUGAGUGUGAUGUGUUUGACUGGCGAGUGACGUCGUCUGACAUCUGUCUAUGUCGUCUAUGCGGGCUGGUGUCGACGAACCCUCCUGUUGUUCAGACUUGAAAACUAAAGUGUUGGAUAGAUGGGAAGUACUAUUAUUUGUCUGUUCUCUGCUUCAUAUUGAUGGCAUUUAUGAAACCGAAGUACUCUCCUCCUCAGAUCUGUUCAUCACCAUCCACCAUGUACAUUAAUUUAUUACAGCAGUACCAGCUGGUUUAAUCAGGGGCAGAUUUAGUACCAGAAGUAACUGGGUUGAGAUGUGUGGGAAUUUUCAUAUUAUGACCCUGUAUGAUGAUUGUAACGUUCAGUUUCAACGAUUUGGCUGUCAUGAUGAGAGAGCCCUAAAAACCUGUGAUGCUAGAGCGGCAGUUGUUGUUGAUAAAAUCGUAGUCGGUUGUGUGCGGUGAAAAUUGCAUCAAAUGUCUCAUCUGUUUUUUCUUUUUUUUUUUUUUUCCUUCCUUCCCUCUUUUCCUUGUGAAGGGAAUGCUAAGCGAUGGAGUGAGUAGCGAAGUGUGUCGGAGGUUCGUGUCAUUUCUGUUCUUGAAUCAUUUUGGUUAUUGUUUAACACAGUGCAAGUUUUAGUGGGCAGCAUCACUCCUUCAUAAUGUUUUACAAUGCAGUACUGGCCGGGAGGCCAGGUGGAAAUUGUACACAGUUAUACAUAUAUAUGUACUAGGAACAUGGUUUGAUGGCGUUUUGUGUACAUAAGAAAAAAACAAACCAACAAACCAGUUUCGUGCAUUGGUGAAUAUUUUUUU